AUGACAAAACAUAGAAAAAGUUCUAAUUCUAUUACCCAUAAACCUGAAAGUUCUACCAAAGAAUAUAGAGUGAAUGAAAAAAUCUUGGCAUUGAUUCUAGCUCGCAUUACUGCCUUGGAAAAUGAAAACAAGGCAUUAAAAGAUGAGGCAAAAAAGAAAGUAUUAGUUUCGAGAAGUAAAAUAGCAACUUCAAAAAUGUUGAAGUCUAAUUAUAAUAAAGAAAAGGAAAAAGACGUUAAGACUCUAGCUAAAAAUAGUCAAAAUUAUGAGUCUAAUACCAUUAAUAAAGAUCAUAAUAAUUCAUCUGUUACUCUGCCGAUCCUGAAACCAUCUGAAAAAUCAAGCAGAUUUGCGAAUUUGCAUUUAAAAUUAAAUUUGAAGAAGAAUAUAUAUGAGAGUUACAGGACUGCCUUUUAUGGACUCAUCAAAUGUCAUACUCCCGUUGGAAUUCAAUAUAAAAACCUUAAUAAAAAUAUUAGAGCUGGAAUUAUUUGCAAGUUUAAGAAAGCUAAUCCCCACUUUCCUGAAUGUAUUGGUGAUUGGGCCUUAAUGUAUUUCAUGCGUCACAAAAUAAAUAUUAAUCAAAAUGCUUAUCGCCAAGAUAAGAAAGGUCCAGUCAAUGGUGAGAAGUGUGAAAGGACAAACCAAUCGACUGUUAAAGAUGAGAAAUGUGAAAAUCCGAAUCAAUCGACUGUUAAAAGUGAGAAGCGUGAAAGGACGAAUCAAUCGACUGUUAAAAGUGAAAAGCAUAGAAGGACAAAUCAAUCAAUUGUCAAUAAUGAUAAGCGUGAAAGGAAAUAUGCUCAAAAAAAGAUGGCUUCUACUUACCUUUACUCUAGAAAUCGUGAAGAUUCUUAUGGUAAUGUUAAUGAGCUUGAUAAAGCAAUAAAAGAUCAUACACAUAACUUUAUAUCUAAUCCUAUACUAAUUUAUAAUUAUAUUUCAACUCAGACUCAUAGGAUAACAUCGAAGAGAGUAAAAUGA